CACCAUUGUAAAGCAUUAUACUCCAAUAAAGAUGUUUUUUUAAAAAAUGGCACUUUUACUUUAUGAUUCCCUGAUAAUCCUUUGUGUUAGACUAUGUUGCGGUUGAACAUUUGCUCGUGUGCUGGGAAGAUUUGUAUUGUGGGAGUAUUGUGAAAGUUAAGAAAGGAUCUGGGCGGGUCCCAGAAUCAGCUUCGCGAAGGCUCUCGGCCUCUCGGCCGUGCCGCGGCCCGCAGGCACCCGGCACAUGCCCGCCCCUCCGUCACAAUGCCCAAGAGGAAGGUCAGCUCCGCCGAGGAGGAGCCCGAGAGGAGAUCGGUGAGGUGGUCAGUUAAACCGGCUCCCGCAAAAGUGGAAACGAAGCCAAAAAAGGCAGCAGGAAAGGAUAAAUCUUCAGCCAAAAAAGUGCAGACAAAAGGGAAAAGGGGAGCAAAGGGAAAACAGGCUGAAGUGGCUAACCAAGAGACUAAAGAAGACUUACCUGCAGAAAACAGAGAAACUAAAAAUGAGAAGAGCCCAGACUCUGAUGAAGCAGGAGAGAAAGAAGCAACUCUGAUUCAUAUCACACAUCCGGUCCUAUCAGCGGUCCCUGUCUCCCUGCUUGUACAAUCCAGAGGAAUAUUCUUACCAACUAUUUUGUAAAUGCAAGUGUUUUAGUAGCUCUAGAAACAGUUUUAAAAAGGAGGGAAUCCCACCUUAUCCCAUUUUUUAAGUGUAAAUGCUUUUUUUUUAAGAGGUGAAAUCAUUUGCUGGUUGUUUUUUGGUACAACCAGAAAAUAGUGGGAUAUUGAAUAUGGAAGGCUUUGAUUAUCUUGGGUGUCAGCUUAACAUUCCACAGAUGAGGGGUAGCUUUUAUAUCCUAUAAUACAAAGCAUACUAAAUGGCAGUUUGGAGUCAGUUGUGCAUUUAAUGUCUUAAACACUUGAAAUUACUUCUUUUCCCAUGUUGUUUUUGGUUGAAUUGUUUCCUAAAGCAAACCACUCACUCCCUGAUCUUGGCUCUCCUGGUCAGAAUUUUGUGUACUCUGUAACAUCUUUGGUUGUGGUAGUCCAGUUCUUCUCAUAACUUUGUUAAUGUGCUCUGAACGAUUGACAAUUUGAGUAUGUAGUGUAUAUGAUAUUAAAUUGUGAAUUAGUGGGACUUACGAUGUAACAGCAUAUCAGUAUUUGAAGAUAUUGGUACUUGAUACCCUGUCAAGGAAAAUUUGCCUCCAAAUUUUAAGCUGGAAAGUCACUGGAAUAACUGUUCAGAAAAGAAUCACAACUACAUGAUUUUUUAGAUUUUUGGUACGUAUGUUAAGAAAUGUAUACAAUUUAGGAACUUCCCUGGUGGCACAGUGGUUAAGAAUCUGCCUGCCAAUGCAGGGGACACGGGUUCAAGCCCUGGUCCGGGAAGAUCCCAUGUGCCUCGGAGCGACUAAUCCUGUGCACCACAACUACUGAGCCUGCACUCUAGAGCCCGUGCGCCACAACUGCUGAGUCCGUGUGCCACAAUUACUGAAGCCCACGCGCCUGGACCCCAUGCUCUGCAACAAGAGAAGCCACCACAGUGAGAAGCCUGCGCACAGCAAAGAAGAGUAGCCCCCGCUCGCCGCAACUAGAGAAAGCCUGUGCCCAGCAGCAAAGAUCCAACACAGCCAAGAAAAAAAAGAAUCGUAUACAAUUUAAAUGUCUGUGCUGAUCCUCAAAACAACCAGUAAAAUCUCAAUUAUGAAAAAAAAAAAGGAAGGGAUCUGGACAAAAUGGAAGGUGAACUUAGGUGGUAAGUUACAUUCUUGAAAGGGACUGAGUUCGGACUCUGAUUUAAACACUUUUCUUUGAGUCUUAUUUAACAAAGACUUUUUCUUCCAUUGUGAAAUAUCUGUAUAAUCUAACCUUAAAUUUAAUAUUAUUAACUAAAAUAUUUAAGCAAAGUAGUAAAUGCUUAAAAAAUUCAAAAUAAUGAGGAACCACCCCAUCCCCUGUCCACCCCUCUCAGCUGCAGGGGGUUUCAUGGGGCAGAAGAUCCCUUCACUCAUUGUCUUGGUUAGCUUGGUGGGGAAAAAAAUGUUAAAUUGUUGAAAACCAUUGGACCCGAUGAUCUGUAAGGUUCUCUUUAGUUCUAAAAUUCUAAACUUCUUAUUGUUAAAUCGUCAAGAGCACAUACUAAGUGAGGAGCAAACAAUGUGUCUUUUUUUUUCUUUUAGAAAAAAUAAUUAUCUCAUUCCUCCCGUGAUUAAAAACCUGCAGUGGUUCCUAGUCCUUGGGGGUUUUUAAAGGAUGGUCAGGCUCGGCUCCUUCCUAAGUCCCAGAUCAAGCAGGAAAGUCUAUUGAGAUUGGAAUAAUGAGAAUAAUUCUUUGUUUAAAAUAAUGUUUUAAAUACAAGGAGUUUAAAAUAUCAAUGCUGAGUUUCAAUUUGGAAAUAGUAAAAAAUAUUAUAUUAGUCUGCCAGCGCUGCCAUAACAAAAAUAUUGCAGACCGAAUGGCUUUGACAACAGAAAUUUAUUUUCUCACAGUCUAGAGGCUAAAAGUCUGAGAUUAAGGUUUGGUUUCUUCUGAGGCCUCUCUCCUUAGCAUGCAGAUGGCUGCCUUCUCUCACUGUCCUCACAUGGUUUCCUGUGUGUACCUCUGCUGUUUCUCUGUGUAUCCAUAUUUCCUCCUAAAGGCACACUUGUCAGGUUGGAUCAGGACCUACCCCAACUGUUUCAUUUUAACUUAGUCAUCUCUUUAAAGGCCUUAUUUCCAAAUACUAUCACAUUCUGAGGUACUAGGGAUUAGGACUUCAACAUAUGAAUUUGGGGAGAGACACAAUUCAGCUCAUGAAGGAUUUCUUGUUAUCAUUACCCUUGAUUUUCAGCUGGUAAUUAUGAAGAUUGCCAGGGAAAGCUCUUUGAUAUUGGUCUUACAAACUAUGUUCUAAUUUAGAAGAGAACAUUUUCUUCCUGAAAAACUAAAACUCUAAAUCACUUAUUUAAAAUUGAAAAACAAAUUUUUUUUGAAAAGUAAUACAUGUAUAUGUUAAAAUGUCAAAUAGUGCUAAGAGGUCUAUUUAUAAAACAAUUUCCUACCCCCACUUUCAACUCUUAGCUGUUUCUUCUUGUAUUUAUCUUUUAAAAAAAUUUUUUAAUUUUUUAUUUAUUUUAUUUUAAUUUAUUUAAUUUAUUUUAUUUUUGGCUGCAUUGGGUCUCCAUUGCUGCACACGGGCUUUCUCUAGUUGCGGCGAGCAGGGGCUACUCUUCAUUGCAGUGUGGUGGCUUCUCUUGUUGCAGAGCACGGGCUCUAGGCAUGCAGGCUUCAGUAGUUGUAGCACGUGGGCUCAAUAGUUGUGGCUCGCGGGCGGUAGAGCACAGGCUUAGUAGUUGUGGCACACAGGCUUUGUUGCUCCACGGCAUGUGGGAUCUUCCUGGACGAGGUCUCAAACCCGUGUCCCCUGCGUUGGCAGGUGGAUUCUUAACCACUGUGCCACCAGGGAAGCCCUGUUGUUUUAAAACUUCCACAUUUCUAAUUGAUAAUGCAUGCAUAAAAGUUAUCUUAAUUCUUGUUGACAGACUUUUUGUUAAAUUCUUAUUAUGGUUGAUGAGGAUUUUAGUUCGUUCUUAAGUUAUUUUUAUAUUGAGGUAUAGUUGAUUUACAGUAUUAUAUUAGUUUCCAAUGUACAACAUAGUGAUUCAAAAUUUUUAUAGAUUAUACUUCAUUUAUAGUUAUUAUAAAAUAUUGGUCAUAUUCUCUGUGCUGUAUAACAUAUCCUUGUAGCUUAUUUAUUUUAUGCAUAGUAGUUUGUACCUCUUUAUCCCCUAUCCCUAUCUUACCCUUACCCAAUUCCCUCUCCUCACUGGUAACCACUGGUUUGUUCUCUUUAUCUGUGAGUUUGUUUCUUUUUUGUUAUAUUCACUAGUUUUAUUUUAUUAAAAUUAAAAAAAAAUUUUAUUGAAGUAUACUUGAUUUACAAUACUGUGUUAGUUUUAGGCAUAUAGCAAAGUGUUGUGGAUAUAUAUAUAUACAUAUAUUCUUUUUCAGAUUCUUUUCCAUUGUAAGUUAUUAUAAGAUAUUGAGUAUAGUUCCCUGUGCUGUACAGUAAAUCCUUGUUGUUUAUCUAUUUUAUAUAUAGUGGUAUCUGUUAAUCCCAUACUCCUAAUUUAUCCCUUCCCAUCCUUUCCCCUUGGAUAACCAUAAGUUUGUUUUCUAUGUCUGUGAAUCUGUUUCUGUUUUUUAAAAAAGUUCAUUUUUAUUAUUUUUCGAUUCCACAUACAAGUGAUGUCGUAUAAUAUUUGUCUUUCUCUGUCUGACUUCAUUCAAUAUGAUAAUCUCUAAGUCCAUCCAUGUUGCUGCAAAUGGCAUUAUUUUAUUCUUUUUUAUGGCUGAGUAAUGUUCCUGUGUGUGUGUGUGUGUGUGUGUGUGUGUGUGUGUGUGUGUGUAUGUGUGUGUGUGUAUCACAUCUUCUUUAUCCAUUCAUCUGUUGAUGGACACUUAGCUUGCUUCCAUGUCUUGGCUAUUGUAAAUAGUGCUGCUAUGAACGUUGGGGUGCAUGUAUCUUUUCUUCUUUUUAAAAAUUUUUUCUGGCCUUUUGGGAACAGUGUCAUCUUAGGAGGAACUUGCCUUUCUCCUCUUAUGCUUUUUUUUUAAAAAAAUAAAUUUAUUUAUUUAUUUUUGGCUGCGUUGGGUCUUCGUUGCUGUGUGUGGGCUUUCUCUAGUUGCAGUGAGCGGGGGCUACUCUUCAUUGCGGUGCACAGGCUUCUCAUUGCGGUGGCUUCUGUUGUUGCGGAGCAUGGCCUCUAGGCGUGUGGGCUUCAGUAGUUGUGGCGCAUGGGCUUAGCUGCUCUGCGGCAUGUGGGAUCUUCCCGGACCAGGGCUCGAACCUGUGUCUCCUACAUUGGCAGGCGGAUUCUUAACCACUGUGCCACCAGGGAAGUCUGCAUGUAUCUUUUUGAAUUAGAGUUUUCAUCUUUUCUGGAUGUAUGCCUAGGAGUGGGAUUGCUGGAUCAUAUGGUAGUUCAAUUUUUAGUUGUUUUAGGACCCUCCUACUAUUUUUCAUGGUGGCUGCACUGAUCUACAGUCCCACUAGCAGUGUAAGAGGGUUCCCUUUUCUCCGCACCCUCUCCUGCAUUUAUUAUUUGUAGAUGUUUUGAUGAUGGCCAUUGUGACUGGUGUGAGGUGAUACCUCAUUGCAGUUUUGAAUUGCAUUUCUCUAAUGAUUAGUGAUGUUGAGCAUCUUUUCAUGUGCCUAUUGGCCAUCUGUGUCUUCUUUGGAGAAAUUUCUAUUUAGGUCUUCUGCCAUUGUUUGAUUGGCUUGUUUAUAUAUAUAUAUAUAUAGGCUUGUUUAUGUUUUUGAUAUUGAGAGAGCUGUUUGUAUAGUUUGGAAAUUAAGCCCUUAUUGGUCUUAUCAUUUGAAGAUAUUUUCUCCCAGUGCUUAGGUUGUCUUUUCAUUUCCUUUGCUGUUCAAAAGUGUAUACGUUUGAUUAGGUCCCAUUUGUUUAUUUUUGCUUUUAUUUCUUUUGCCUUGGGCUGAUCUAAGAAAAUAUUGCCAUGAUUUAUGUCAAAGAAUAUUUUGCCUAUGUUCUCUGCUAGGGAGUUUUAUGAUAUUAUGUCUUGUAUUUAAGUCUUUAAGCCAUUUAGAGUUUACUUUUGUGUAUGGUGUGAGGGAGUGUUUGAACUUCAUUGAUUUACAUGAAGCUGUCUGGCUUUCCCAACACCACUUGCUGAGGAGACUGUCUGUCUGACUUACUUCACUAAGCAUAAUAACCUCCAGGUCAAAGAUUUUAGUUCUUUUGUACCUUUUCCUCUACACCCUCGUUCUCCUAAUAUAAUUAUGUCACACUUUAAAAAAAAUCCAUAUUUGGUGUUUUCAUAAUUGUGACUGUGUAAAAACUAU